AUGGUGUCCUUUAGUUGUGACCAGUGUGCUGACGUUAUUAAGAAGCCUAAGCUUGAUCAACACCGUAUAAAGUGUCCUAUUACCACGUUUACUUGCAUCGAUUGUUCUAAAACGUUUGUUGGAACGAGUUAUAAGUCUCAUACGAGUUGCAUUAGUGAGGCAGAAAAGUAUCAAAAGGGAACGUUUAAACCCAAAAAA